UUAGUUCGAAAUAACCUAACCCCGACUCCUCCACCGCUCUCUCUCUCUCUCUCCUCUCUCUCGGCGAAGAAGAAGAAGAAGAAGAAGGAAAGGCAGAAGGAAUCCAUGGUUGCAUCAGAAGGGAACAGCUCACUAUUCCCAAUUGUGGUUUGAGUAGAACAGUCAUGGCGUUGUCUAGAGCGAUCACCCGAAAUCUCACGAAGCAGGUCUCAUCCAAGUUCUCUUGGAGCUCUCUCCUCCAUUCUCAUGCCACAAGCUUUGGUUUUAAAGAAGUACAUGAAGAAGAAAAGAGCAAAAUGGUUGGCAAUGUCUUCAGCAGUGUCGCUUCAAACUAUGAUCUUAUGAAUGAUUUAAUGAGCGCUGGAUUGCAUAGGUUAUGGAAAGACAGGUUGGUCUCCAAUCUUCAUCCUUUUCUAGGAAUGAAGCAUCUUGAUGUGGCUGGUGGAACAGGCGACAUUGCUUUUCGAGUCUUGGAAACUAUAAAUAGUGUUAAUCGUAGAGCCAUGCAAGAUUUUGUAGCUGAUCACUUUGAAAAUGACACUCAGAUAUAUGUAUGCGACAUCAACCCAAAUAUGUUGAAUGUCGGCAAAAAGCGUGCUGUAGAGAGAGGGCUUGGCGAAGAUCGUGCCCUCAUAUGGGUUGAGGGAGAUGCAGAAGCUUUGAGUUUUGGAGAUGAUUCGAUGGAUGGUUACACGAUUGCUUUUGGGAUCAGGAAUGUUACACACAUAGAGAAAGUCCUUGCAGAAGCUUACAGGGUACUAAAACGGGGUGGAAGAUUCCUUUGCCUUGAGCUGAGUCAUGUGGAGCUCCCUGUCGUUAAACAGUUGUAUGACUACUACUCAUUCUCAGUAAUUCCAGCUAUAGGGGAGAUAGUUGCAGGCGAUCGGGACUCUUACCAGUACCUGGUCGAGAGCAUUCGCAGGUUCCCAUCCCAGGAUGCAUUUGCAAGACUGAUUGCAGAUGCUGGAUUUCAGAAGGUUGAAUAUGAAAAUCUCGUGGGUGGAGUAGUCGCCAUCCAUUCUGGACUGAAACUUUAGGUGAGAAAUGCAAUCCUCUCUCAACCUUGAGAAGGGGCCAUUAUCCUUGUUGAAGCUGAUGUUCUAGCCCAAGGCAAGACCCAUCUCUUUCUAAAUAUCAAUUUUCUGCUCUUCUUCUUCCUUAAAAAAACAAGAUUCUCAUUGAAUUUAUUCAAAAUCCAAUUAAGUCUCAACCAGGUUGACUGGGUGAGUUUUCAGAUUGUGGUAUAUGCGUGAUAAAUACUUUGGUAUUCUUGCACCACUUAGAAAUUACUUAGUCAAAUUAAACUGUCCAAAUUUUACAAUCCAAACCAGAAUUUUUACGGUUA